AUGGCGGUGUCGGCUGACCAACCACUGGGGCCCACCGUGAAGAAGCUCCUGGAACAGAAGCGAAAGCGCGACACAUCCUCUGCUUCCUCCUCCUCUUCCCCGGCAGAGUCCUGUGCAGGUGCCACUGCGCUCCCGGUGUCAACACCAGCACAAACUACUGUAACAGACGCCUCCAGCAGCUACUCCAGCAUCAUGGGUGCGAUGGGACCCAUGCCCACGUCAGGGUACAACCGAUGGAGUGCACCCAGCUCCCUCCAGCCCUUGCAGGAGGACUGCACCUUCUCCCCCAUGGGGAGCGGUUAUUUCUCCCUGCCCAGUGCACAAGACUAUAGCCCGAGCCAAGCCUACAGCCCAGCCAUCAGCUCCAGCUUCUCUACACAGCCCACGCAGGAGUACAGCGCUGCCAUGAGUGUCCAUGCCUAUCCGGGCGGAGCUGCGACAUCAUCUCUGAUGGGUGCCGGGCAUGCGGAUUCCCUGCAGCCCCCCGGGUACUCCUGGGUUCCAGCAAGUGGCCUGCACACCCAGACCACGCCCGCCACGGCGGGGUUCGCGGGACAUAUCAACACGGAGACGCUGAAUGAGGCCAGGCUGUUUCUGCGGGGGAUGGACAACAGCAAGAAGAUCUGGCAGGAUGAGGACGGGGACACGAUCCUGCACAUCUACGCUGCCAAGGGCCUGCGGGAGCACACCCUGGCAGCCGCAGAGAACCUGCAGGCCUUAGGGAGGCUGGACUCCAAGGAGCACAAGGGGAAGACCGCCUUACUUGUCGCCGUGACGGCCAACCAGUCGGAAAUCGUCCAGGACCUCCUUUCAUUGGGCGCGGACAUCAACGCCUGCGAUGUCAAAGGUCAGACAGCUCUGCACCUGGCAGCUACGUACGGAUUCCCCCGGGUGAUGCAGACCAUUCUGUCGUUUGGGCUUGUGGAUCUGGAGGCUCGCAAUUUUGAAGGACAGACUCCGCUGCACUGCGCUGCCAUCUCCCACAGUGGCACGGUGAAGGCCCUGGGCUCCGGCCAGCCUGCCAUGGGGGACUCCAUCCUGCUUACCCCGGCCGAGGACAAGCUCUCCUGCCUGCAGCUGCUCAUCAGCUAUGGAGCCUCUCUGCUAAGCCAGGACAUCAAGAGCAAUAAGACCGCCCUGCACCUGGCGGUGAAGGAGGGGAACAUCCACCUGGUGCGGUACCUGCUGAGACUGUCCCUGGUGGACAUGCAGGCCUUCGUCAACAUGAAGGCGCAUGGGAACACUGCGCUGCACAUGGCAGCUGGCCUCCACAGCAGCUGCUUCCAGGAGGAGAUGAUCCGCUUGCUCCUGAACCGCGGGGCAGAUCCCAGCAUUCGCAAUCUGGAGAACGAGCAGCCAGCGCACCUGCUGCAGAGCGGGGACAGGGGAGAGCAGCUCAAACUCAUCCUGAAAAAGAGACCCGCUUCCUCUCGCAGACGCAUUACAUCCUUACAGGACCAAGAGUGACCCGGACUACUUCCUAGUCCCAGUGUAUCCCUCCUCUGUGGGGAGGGAAGACCGUAUCUUCUUAUGAGGAAGUGACCAUGGAAAGCACCUCUAAUUUAUUCUAGAGCAGAUUAUUUCACACAGUGUAAUCGAUAGCACAUUUUAUCUGUGGAUUACGUUUCUUUUAUGGGGGAGCAGCCUAUAAUUUAUUCAUAUUCCUAUCUUGGAAUCAAAGCAAAUUUUUGUUUUGUAUUGUUUUGUUUAGGUUUUAUACAUUCAGUCAGUUGGACCUGGCCACAGUUCUUUCAUGGACGGGACUAGCUAACCUGGCCCAUUGCAUAAGGUUUGGCAGCUCUUGUCUUAGCCAGUCAGGCUGCAAUACAUUGAACUUGGUCAUCCUGCAUUUCACAAGUCAAACUAAGGUCCUAGAUGCCUGUAGUAUCAGCACGUUUUUGUGCUUUUCUAAAGUCAGCAGGCUGUUUCCACCCAAGAAGUGGGUUGAUUCUGAGCCAAUCAGAGACAUAAAUUAAUCUCUUAAGGGUGGAAACAGCCCGAAAAAUGGGCAUUAGCCAGGACUGACUUACAUCUCGCCUUUUUUUUGUCAUUGUUUGUCCAUUUUGUAUCGCUAUGCGAUUGAUUUAUUGACCAGUGCAGGACUACAGAAUGUUAGAAAAGGCCUCUGAGAUUUCAUGUCUGAAAAGAACACCACUUAAUCUUAAAUUGUCAUUUAUUCACAGGCUCUACAUACAUCACUUAAUCUAAGACAGUUAGCAGAACACAAUAUGGAAAUCCUGUGGUUGAUAUCAAUAAUUAGUACAUAUUUGAUUGCCCAUACUAGUACCCUGAAACUGCAACCAGGUUUCCACAUGAAUGGACGAGGCAGACAAGCACAGGCAUGAAAUUAUGUCUUUUUAUUUUUGUAACAAAAUAUUUCAACUUGCUUACUUUAUUUGUAAGCAGCAAGCAAGAAUCUUGAGUUACUGAGUCUUUGUAGAUUUGCUUGUGGGUUCACCUUGUAGAAGUUCAUUUCAUUCCGGUUAAGUAGCACUAUCAGUCCCUCAACAACGCAUUGCCUCUGGCAUUCAUAUGGUACAUCCUCUUAUCAGUCAGUGUCAGAAUCUGAGUGAUAUCAAUAUCUUAUUUUAAGAUAUAAUCCACCUUUAUUGAUACUACCCCAAGAUUAUUGUGCCCAGAAAAUGUGAAUGAGGCAGGACCUUACUGGUAGAAAUCCUAUUUUGUUUUAUUAACUUGAUGGACACUUGAUUACACAGGUAUACUGGGUUUACCCUGGUAUUGAUUCUACAGCAUUAAAAUCUAGAAGCAUGUGAGCACAUGUCUCACACUUGUGGCAACACAUGUUGUGUCCAAGCAAAGGUUGACAUGAUUCACUUGACAUGAUUCAAGCUAGGGGGGCUGUCAUUGUGGUACAGUCAUUGUGCAAGUUUCCCUGUUUCCAGCACUCAAAUACCCCUCUCUCUCUCUCUCUCUCUCUCUCUCUCUCUCUCUCUCUCUCUCUCUCUCUCUCUCUCUCAUUCUGUUACUCUCAUUCUGUCUUUCUCCAUCUCUCUCUGCUCUAUAGAAAUGUGAUUUCUGUGAAAUCGUUAACUCGGCAUAUCCCGCCAGAAGUAAAUGAACCCUACCCCAACCCUCCCCCCUCUUCCCACCACUGUCAGAAACCAUAUUGGUUCGUUGAUGUGUGGUUUCAUUUUCAGUAAGCAUUAAUCACACUGCACCAGUGUGUUUGUGUUUUUACGCUUUGACAUUAUUUAUUCAGCGUUUAACGUUUGUUCCACUUACGGCAAAUAUGCAUAGCUUGUAUUAAGACUCUAUUUAUUGUGCAAAAACUGAAAUGAAAGUUCUCUAACAUUUUACUGUGUAAAGAAAAUUUAUUAACAAUUGAUUCCACUUGUGAUCUGUGAGUUGAAUCAUCUUCUCAGAAUGACAAUCAAGCUUUAAACUUUUAAUGGUUUUUAAGGGCAAUUCACAAAUUUGUGAAAAUCAUCUGUAUACGAUUUUUUCCUUGACUAAACUGCUACACUCUCUAACGAUAACGCUCUAAUGUUAGGGCAUAGUUGUAUUCUUUGUUAAUUACCUCUAACAUGUAUGAAUGUAUGAGAGACAGAAAAAAGGGACUGGGAUAUUUUAAGCUCAAAGGUUCCCUCCCAGUUAGUUGUAAUUUAGUAAUGAGUUUCAUAUGAGAGAAAACAUCAGCACUUGUGCAUACCCUAGUCUGCUAGUCAUCCAUGGCAUGGAAACUAAAUAUUGGUUUUAUCCUGAUACCAAUCCUGAUACCUGAUACCAAUCCUGAUACAAACAUUGAAGUAUUUUUGCAGUGUGUGUACACGUUACAGUCAGUACUACAUUUCAAAGUUAAACUAUAAAAUAAAACUGCAAACUUUGAUUAGCUAUAUUAAUGUGCAUUACGUAUGAAUCAUACAGAGCUGUCUCAGUGUACAUUUAAUACUCCUGAAUGUAGUAUCCGUGGUUGUAGGGGCGGCCUGUAGCGUAGUGGUUAAGGUAAAUGACUGGGACAUGCAAGGUCAGCGGUUUGAUCCCUGGUGUGGCCACAAUAAGAUCCGCACAGCCGUUGGGCCGUUGAGCAAGGCCCUUAACCCUGCAUUGCUCCAGGGGAGGAUUGUCUCCUGCUUAGUCUAAUCAACUGUAUGUCGCUCUGGAUAAGAGCGUCUGCCAAGUGCCAGUUAUGUAAUGUAAUGUAAUGUAAUGUAUUUCCUUUCGGGGGAAUGAAUGACUGCGUCAUCAUAAAAUGUACCACAAUACUGAUUUAUACUGAAUGUAAUCCAUUGGGUUGUUGCAUUGCUUUCUCUUGAUAACUGUCAAUAAAGCCUGUUCAUUAAA